AUGGAAGUCGACGAGCGAAAUGCUACAGUACACUCCCCGUCGCCGGUAGCCGAAGUUGUGGUGGUGAUGGUGCCAUUCGUAGCUCAGGGCCAUCUCAACCAGCUCAUACACCUUUCCCGCCUUAUAUCCACCUACAAAAUCCCCGUCCAUUUCGUAACCACCACCACCCACAUCCGCCAAGUGCGCUCCCGCUUCCACGAUUUCAUUUCACGCUCCGCCGCUUCCAACCUCAUCCACUUCCACGCUCUCCCAACUCCUCCCUUCACUUCUCCUCAUCCCAACCCGUCCAGCCGGUUUCCGUCUCACCUACAACCCGCUUUCGAAUCAAGUCUCCAUCUCCGCCGCCCAGUCGCCGACCUCAUAUUAUCUCUCUCUAGCUCCACAACGAGAGUCGCUGUCAUCCAUGAUUUUAUGAUGUCCUACGUCGUUCAAGACGUGAAAGCGAUACCAAAUGCCGAGACUUACAUCUUCAGACCCCUAUCCGCUUUCCAUACCUUCUGGCUAACCUGGGAGAGAUUGAGCAGACCCUUCCCGGUGGACCCGGGAAUGCUAAAACGGCUCCCGUCUGCAGAUGGAUCUUUGUCGCCGGAGUUUAAAGAAUUCGUUAAACAACAGUUACCCCAUGUCGGUUAUCACGUCGGAGAGUUAUACGACUCAUCAAGAGCCAUCGAAGGUGAAUAUCUUGAAUAUUUAGAGAGAGAAGAGCUGAACGACUAUAAGAAGCUUUGGGCAAUAGGGCCGUUUAAUCAUGCUGACAGAACAUCUUUUACCGUUUCCAAAAACCAUCACAAAUGCUUGCAAUGGCUGGACCUACAGCCUCCUACCUCCGUCGUAUAUGUGUCUUUUGGGACAACAACAACCUUCACUGACGAACAAAUUACAGAGCUUGCCAUUGGGUUAGAGAGAAGCCAGCAGAGGUUUAUCUGGGUGGUUCGAGCGGCGGACAAAGGGGAUGUGUUUGAGGAUGAAGCUAAAAUGGCGGAUUUGCCGGAAGGGUUUGAAGAGAGGGUGGAAGGGCGGGGAUUGGUGGUGCGGGGGUGGGCACCGCAGACGGAGAUUUUGGGUCAUGUUGCAACCGGUGGGUUCAUGACUCAUUGUGGGUGGAACUCCUGUACAGAGAGUAUAUCAAAUGGCGUGCCAAUGGCUACUUGGCCAAUGCAUUCUGAUCAGCCACGUAACGCGUUUUUGAUGACUGAUGUUCUUAGAAUUGGAUUGGUGGUGAAAAAUUGGGAACAUAGAGAUGAGUUGGUGACGUCGGUGGUGGUGGAAGAUGUUAUUAGGAGAUUAAUGGAUUCGAAGGAAGGGGAGGACGUGAGGGAGAGAGCGGUGGAAUUGGCGGACACAGUGAAGAAGUCGGUGGUGGAGGGUGGUGAAUCUAGUAAGGAGACUGAUUCGUUCAUUUCCUACAUAAGCAGGCAUGGAUAG